AUGGCCAGCGAGCCGGAUUCCAACCUCCAUGCUAACCCGCAGAACGCGUCGAUGCCACCGCACCCGAACCCCCCCAGCAUCGAAGCAGCCUACAAGCGCAAAUGCAUCGCGCUGAAGAAAAGACUGAACGAGGUCGAGACUCACAAUGAAGCGAUGCGCCUGCGGAAUGCGCAGGGAAUCAGAUAUAUACAGAAAAUGCGCCUGGAGUCGUGCAUGAUCCUGGAACGGCUCUCCGUGCUCAUGGGCAUGGCUGACGGCAGCGGCAGACAGGGAGAACCAGAGGCUGCGGGGCGUGCGAUGGCGCUAAUGAGGGAGUCUGGCCAUGUGCUAGAUGAAGAGCGCUCGAGGGCCGGGCAGAAGCGACCUGGAGAGGACCUGGAUGCGUUGGGCGAGGAGAGCGAUGGUAGCUCUGGUCACCACCCGCCUACAGUAAGAUGCAGCUGCUUCCUCCCCCUUUCUUUUGACGGAGGACAGACAGGUACAUCGGAGCAGUUACUGACAAUGCUGCGUGGAUGCGCCAGCCACAGGAACGCCCUCUACGACCAAAACGAAGCCGCAAGAGUGACGAGAGGCCUGCGGGCCACGGCGCUGGCGAUAGUACCAAUAUCAACGAUGCCGGCAAUAGCAAUAACAACAUGGACUCAGUUAGCACAACCUUUCCUAUUUCAAGCUACCCUCCGUCUACAUACUCAACGCCCUUGCAACAUGAACCCUCUAUCCUUCCCCUUCCACAUGUGA